AUGAUGAUGAUGAUGAUGAUGUAUGAUGAUGAUGAUGAUGAUGAUGAUGAUGAUGAUGAUGAUGAUGAUGAUGAUGAUGAUGAUGAUGAUGAUGAUGAUGAUGAUGAUGAUGAUGAUGAUGAUGAUGAUGAUGAUGAUGAUGAUGAUGAUGAUGAUGAUGAUGAUGAUGAUGAUGAUGAUGAUGAUGAUGAUGAUGAUUGA